UCUGUUAUUAUGCCUUAUUCUCAUGAUAUUAAUGGUGGAAAUGUCAACAACCAUGACCACAAUAAUACGACAAACCCAAAAUUUUUAAAAUCUAAAUUUGACCAAAAUGUUGAUUUUAUAAAUGAAAAAUCUCCAAUAUACAACACCAACAAUGACGAUUCUCGGGAGUUCAACGAAAAAAUUUAUCCUGUCAACAACAGCAAUCUUACUGUUGAUACUAGUAUUAAAAGUAUCAGAAAAUUAAAUACUAAGCGUAGCACGGGCAGUUUAUUCAAAUUAUCGUUGAAACGUAAUAAUAGUAAUAUUUGGAAUUCGUCAACAAUGCCAGAUCUAAACAAUAUAACAAUAAUAACACAACCUCCAAGUCCAAUAGCAAAUUCGGCUCAACUUUGGAAACAAGAUCUUGAUCCAAAUGUUAAAGCUCAAAUGAAAGCUGCUGAAAUUCAUCGACAAGUAAUUAUUCAUGAAAUAAUUCGUACAGAAGAUGAAUAUGUUAAGGAUUUACGUUAUUUUUUAGAGAACCAUGUACCGAAAAUUAGAGAAUCGGGUGUAAAAUUACCAGCAAGUCUCGAAAAAAUAUUUACGAUAUUGCCAUAUAUAUUUCUUUUACACUUAAACACAUCUGUAUCAAAUGUACUUGGAGACAUGUCCAAAGAAUUAGAAGUAUACGAAUCAUAUUUAAUUCAUCAUCAAAUGGCAAUAGCCGAAUUAACAAAUGCACGUAAAAAAAAUAACAAGCUUGGACAAAUUUUAAAUUAUUUGGAUAAAAAAGAAUUGCCGACUGGUAAAUACAUGUCAGUAGAAAGUUUACUAGCCAAACCAUUUCAACGUUUAUGCAAAUAUCCAUUAUUGAUUAUG